AUGGCCGACGAAGGCGCCACCCCCCGCGAACUCCUCAUCGAAUCCACCCGCCGCAACAACACCCACCUCCUCCACGAACUCCUCCAAGGGCCCCCUUUCGCCUCCCAACCAGCAGCAAUAGCGCACUUCCUCAACACCACGACCGACGCCCUGGGCGCCAGCGCGCUGCACAUUGCCGCGCAGCACGGCAGCUACGACGUCCUGGACGUCAUCCUCGACCAGGAGGGCGUGGAGAUUGACGGGCAGGAGAAGCGGGACGGCGACACGUGUUUGCAUCGCGCGGUGCGGUUUGCGAACGAGGGGGGCCAUGCGGAGAGGGGGUUGGCGGUGGUGGAGAUUUUGGUGGAUGCGGGGUGUGAUCCGCGGAUACGGAACAAGGCGAAGCUCCGGCCUAUUGAUCUCGCAGACCCGCGGAAUACGGAGUUGCGUUCCAUGCUGCAGAAGGCGGAACUCGCUAUGAGCAUGGGCGGGGAUGUGGUGGUCGACGAUGACGACGAUGAUGACCGUCCCAAUGGACCGGGGAGUGAGAGUGAUUAACGACUUGAGCAUUACAUCGAGGGGGACGGUCUGAGCAACAGCUCGGCACUGGCCGGGCAGCAUGAGUAGGAGAUGUAGAUGCGUAUGGGGACGAGAGUCGCGACAAUUGAGAUUGCCGGACCAUUCCGGCCCAUGAGAAUCACGAGGGCCGUCCUGGAUCAACAACCGAGCCGGCAUGUGGUUGUGUGAAGCGUUCAGUGCAUAGCAUGCAGCCUUACUCAAACUAGACAUACUACGGACAGAUCCA